CCCGCCCGCCUUUCUGUCUCCUCUCUCCCGCCGUACUGGACGGCCCGAGUCCAUUUCCGGGAGCCGGGCAUUUAGUACAAAUCCGGGCCGGGGGCGUGGGAGCAGGUGGUUGCGGCGGGGCAGCUGGGCCGCCUGCCGGGUGCGUCGCGGGGGGUGGCCCGUCUCUCUCCGCCUUUGUCGCCAGCUCCCGCCCGGCCCUCGCCCUCCUCCCGGCCGCGCGCGCUGCCGGCCGGACUUUGCGCCGCGUCCGGGCGCUGCUUGUGCGCGCGGGGCCGCGCUCGGGUCGUCGGCGGCGGGGAAGCGGGUGGCCAGGGGCGGCCGAGACCCCGGCCCGACAUGGCUGAAGUCAGCAUCGACCAGUCCAAGCUGCCGGGAGUCAAGGAAGUGUGUCGAGAUUUUGCUGUCCUGGAGGACCACACCCUGGCCCACAGCCUGCAGGAACAGGAGAUUGAGCAUCAUUUGGCAUCAAACAUUCAGCGGAACCGUUUGGUCCAGCAUGAUCUCCGGGUGGCUAAGCAACUCCAAGAGGAAGAUCUGAAAGCUCAGGCUCAGCUUCAGAAGCGCUACAAAGACCUUGAACAACAGGACUGUGAAAUUGCUCAGGAAAUCCAGGAAAAGCUGGCUAUUGAGGCAGAGAGACGACGCAUUCAGGAGAAGAAGGAUGAGGACAUAGCUCGCCAUUUGCAAGAAAAGGAGUUACAGGAAGAGAAAAAGCGAAAGAAACACUUCCCAGAAUCCUCUGGAGCCAAUGCUUAUGGAGAGAGUUACUAUUAUGAAGAUGGAGACCAGCCACGGUCAAGGAGGGCAAGGGAAUUGGGUUCUGGAUUCUCAAGGUCCUAUAAACUCCAAAGUGAUGAAAAGACUGUGAGAAAGGAGAAACCCAGACAUCCACCGGAGAACUGGGAAGAACUGGAAGAGCAUCGUGUAUCUGAGAAGUCUCUGUCCUCUAGCUCAUGCAAAGUGAGGGAUGAUCCCCAAAUUAUCACUGAGCUGUGUGAAAGGAAAUGGUCUGGCCAUGAGAGGCCCCGGAGACCUCUUCUUCCCAAGAUCAGCGGUGAAGUGUUUCUGAGCACGGAAUCUGAUGACCAGGAGGCUAGCAGUAGCCAUCGGACUCGGAACUGGGAAAAACAUUCCAGACACAAAGACAGGCUUUCACCAAAGUCUUCUCCAAAAUCAGGGGUUCACUGCAAGGAGGCUGCUUACGGGAGGGAGCGUGGGCAAGGGGAGCGCAGAGAGCGGAAGCACAGGCCCAGGACUCCUCCCUUCUCAGAGAGUGAGGAGCAGCUCCACCUCCAUGACACAGGAAUGAAGCCGAGGGGCAUGAAAGAAUCAGUCUCUACUCCGUCACGAGUUACCCCCAGAAAUCAGGAAUGGUAUGAUGCUGAAAUUGCCAGAAAACUGCAGGAAGAAGAAAUUUUGGCUACCCAGGUGGAUCUGAGAGCAGCUCAAGUGGCCCAGGACGAGGAAAUUGCUAGACUUUUAAUGGCUGAAGAAAAGAAAGCUUACAAGAAAGCCAAGGAGAAAUCAUCAUUGGAGAAACGAAAACAUGACCCCGAUUGGAAGCCCAAAACAGCUAAAUCAGCACACUCAAAGACAAAAGACAGUGAGGAACCUCACCGCUCCAAGAAUGACAGGCCUGCACGGCCGCCACCACCUGCCAUGACAGAUGCUGAGGAUUUGGAUUACACUUAUUCCACACGUCAUUUCUCAAAAUCAGAGUCCUCUCAUAAAGGUUUCCAUUAUAAGCAGUAAAAACCUAGGAAUCUGCCUUGAAAACGGACUCACUGUAGCAAAUAUUACUGGAUGAUGCAGAAUGCACUCCACAUUUAUUUUUUCCUCCUAUGUUUGUACUCCUGGGAUUUAUCCUCAAGUGUUUUUCUGACCAUAAAUAAUUUUAAUGCAUUUAAAAUA